UCCAAAUUUGUAUUUACUACUGUUUGAUAUCUUUCAUACGUACGUAGUUGUAACAGAUAAAAGACACAGAACCAGUAGAUGUACGUGACAUUUCCUAGUAUCCAGAGGUGACGCAAUAUCAGCCUAUAAUCAGGUUGUUGAAGAAAUCGUCUAUUAAAAAUAGUUGCCUAAAGACACAAGAAAAGUUCGAUUUUUUUAUAUUUUACUAUACAACAAUCAUUGUGACAAUGUGCAGUAUACAUUUUGUUCAUUAUUCUAAAUUGCCAAAAUUGACUAUUAGUUUCUCAAGGAAAUUCUCUGUUGUCAGCACAGUUGUUAGUUGAAAUUCAAAAACAACAUAAAAAACAUACCAGUAGUUUCAAAAACUAUUAUACCUGGAUAAAGACAGGAAGAAAAUGCCAUCCAAAAUGGAUCAAAAUACACCGCCUAGAGCAGAUUUUAACAACAGUGGUACAAGUCUAGAUGGGAAAGACAAGUUUAAGAUUAACUUUCCUCCACAGUUUGGAACACCCCUUGGAAAUACCCAGGCAAUAAAGAGUGAAAACAUCACAGAGCAAAGCAAGAGAAUACCUUGGAGCACCAUCCCAUUCUUAACUGUUAUGAAACCAAUACAGUUUCCAAAAGAUGAAUUUAAAGGGGAGAUAACAUCUAACGUUCAGAAAGCAAUGGGAGCUAGUCCAUCGCAGUGGACAAACAUGACAACUAAAACAAAAACUAAAGUCAAAAGGAAAGAGCUAAAUAUGUUCUCACCAUCUUCAUGGUGAAAACAAUCAACAUUCGAAACAGCAUGUACAGUUUGUUAAUUUGAUUUUUAAAGUCUACCUCAUAAAUGUCAUUUUUGAAUUAUUCUGUUUUAAAAACAGUUUUCAUGGUUUUUGGGUUAUCAUAUGUAUAUGAGUGUGUGAAUGUACAAGUGUUCAUAACUUUUUUUUUAAAGCUUUCAGAUACAUGGAUUCUACAUUGUAGUGCAUUUUAUUUUGUAUCCAAUUUUCUUUUUGAGUUUAGAGUUUUUAUUUUACUGUAAGGAGGAAAAGUUAAAUUUGUUCAAAU